GUUUCGUCAAUAUAAAUUAAAACUUACAUACUCCUGUGUUUUAAAUAUUUUUUUUAGCUUUUCUUUGUCCAAUAUAUUUAAAGAUAUUUCAAAAAUCAGAAUCAAAAUUGUAUAUAUGCAUAAUAAUAUGGAAGACAGCGGUUUGAUUAAAACAAAUGAUCAAGAAAUUCACGAAAAAAAUAAUGUGUCAUCAACAGAAAAUAUAUCAUCUGAUAUCAAUAAUGAGCAUCAAAGUCCUCAAUAUUUACAACAAAAGCUCUAUUUUUUGCUGGAGCAUUUGAAAACAAUGCAUAGCGAACUUCCUGAGCGGUAUCAAAUGCGAAUGCCCUAUGAUUUGCUGACACAUUUGGCGAAUGCCUUGAUAAAUGAAACCAUAUUCGAAAUUGUGAAACGUUUGAUUGAGAUACAAAAUGUGACCGAAUCGCAUUUGUUUGAAUUGCGGAAGCAAGCCGAAUUGGAAAAUGAAAAAGAGGUGGAAGGUUGGAUGGUCAAAAUUACCGAUAAAGAAGAACUAGAGCAUAUUUUAGCUCUGAUGAAAAUUAAGCACAAGAAAAAAAUGAAAGAAACCGAUCAGAAGCUUAUUUUGCAUUUGGACGCCAAAGUUCUCGAUCAGCAAAAAACUCUUGAGGAGGCUGGAGUGCCUGGAUUCUAUGUAACCUCUAAUCCAAAGGAAAUCAAUAUUCAAAUGCAUCUAAUUGACUUUAUUCUUCGUCUAAGUAGAUUGAAAUUCGAUCCCAAUGCUCAAUAUUAAAUAAUGGAAAAUAGUCAGAAAAUGUUUGAAUUCAAAUCAUCGUCCUGGUUAAAAAAAACUGAUAUUGUAUAUAAUAG